AUGCUUCCGUCUCCUUACUCGAGGAAGCGUGAACAUGAUGAAGACAUCUCCGGUAGGGAGGCCAUGCUUAGGAGGAGAAAGCUACCGAGCACAACGGCCACUUUUGUACAACCUUCUUCUUCUUUGAAGAUAGCCUGGUCUAAAGACGCUGAGAUCUCUAUUCUCUCGGGGAUUUUGGAGUUUCAGAAAGAAACCGGAUCGAGCUACAAUAAAAACUGGGAUGAUUUUUACAGUUUUAUGAGAGAGUCCAUGACCAUGAGAUCAGAUUUCUCUAAGCAACAGCUAAUGGAUAAGGUUAAGAAGUUGAAAAAGAGGUUUCGAGAUAAUCAGCUGGCGAGAGCUAAUGAUGGAAUAAGACUCUCUUUUACUAACACCGAUGAUGAAGAAUUGUUCAGAUUGUCAAAGAUCAUAUGGGUUGAAAAAGAAACUGAAUGGGUUUAUGAGGAGAACAAGAACCAGACCAAGCAAUGGAAUUGGAAUGAUUUGCUGAUGCUCUUUGAUUACAAUGAUCAGUGCAUUCUCAAAACUAGCUUUAUAGCGUGA